AUGAACCCGUCUCCUUCUUUGUCAGUUCACAAAAAAGAUAUUCAAUUCCUCGCGCAGGAAACUACAACUUUGAUUGUAAAAAAUUUACCAAACUUACCAGAAUCCGAUUUACUCAAAUUCUUGAAAAACUUUGGACCACAAGAUAUCCGUCUUGGAAGAACUCAACAGUUGAAAAAUUCGGCUUUUUUGGAUUUUCCUGAUCGGGCCUUAGCUUCGACCGCAUAUUCUAAAUUUCAAGAAUUAGAUGAUAUUGGAGGCAAGAAAAUUCGUGUAGAAUAUGCAUCACCUAGCAAGGAGGCUUUAAAAAAGAAGGCUAAUGGCGAUUCAGUAAAUAAUUCUGGUGAUAUUAAGCAAAACGAUACAGCAGUACCACAUUUACCACCACCGCCACCUGUUCCACCAAUACCCGGAUCUCAGGCAGAGCCAAUUGCCCCUUCACUUGGAUUUAAUUAUCCACCUGCCCCAACACUUCAUUAUCGUUAUCCACCACCAACAGUUGAAAUCCUUUAUAACAUUAUGAACGCAAUAGCAGCAGUACCCAAAUUGUAUACGCAAGUAUUGCAUCUAAUGAAUAAAAUGAACUUACCACCACCAUUUAAACCAGUGGUUCCUGAAUCUGUACCGCCACUACUACAACAACAUUUGUCUGAUUUGCAAAAUACUGAUGAUAAUAGUAAGAAACGUAAAAAGCGAGACGAAUUAUUGUCAGACGAUGAAUCAGAAAUCGAUAGUGAGGAUGAAGAGCAGGGGGACGUGAGAUCAAAAAAGAAGGCUAAGUCAACGGCCAAUGUGUUUAGUGCAAUUCCAUUAGUACUUCCAAUUGCCACUACCGAUAAUCCAUAUGUAAAUCCGUUAUCGACUGCAGAUUCAGCAUUUAAUUUAGAAACUAAUCAAUUGGUUUCAGAUUCAACAUUUAGCUUAGAAACUAAUCAAUCGACUGCAGAUUCAGCAUUGAAUUUAGAAACUAAUCAAACUAAUCCACCGGAACCACUUAAUUGUAUCUCAAUUGAAGAUAUUAAUUCCAACAAAAUGCCAAUCGAAGAACUACAAAAGAUACCCGCCAUGAAAAAUUAUUCAGCUGGAGAUCCCACAAAUACUCUAUAUAUAAAAAAUUUAUCCCAGAGGAAAAUUGAGGAUAAAGAUUUGGAAUAUCUUUUUGGCAGAUAUUUUCAAUCACGUUCAGAAAUGGAAAGUCAGUUGGGAAUUCAAUUAUUGAAAGGACGAAUGAGAGGGCAGGCAUUUAUAAAACUUCCUAGUCUAGAAAUAGCAACACAAGCCUUAACCGAAUUUCAUGGUUACAUGCUACAUAAUAAACCCAUGAUUAUACAAUUUAGUAAAGGAUCUGCGGAAACAAACAAGAGUUCCUGA